GCGCUGUGGAUAGCAGCGCCACUACGGUCUUCGGGUACACUGGAAGAAAAAAGAAAACAAUCUCAACAAACAGUCAGCGAGAAGAGAGGUGUGAGCAGAGCAGAGCAGAGGACACCCAUUUCAAAUCUUCAGGUAAAAAACAAAAAAAAGCGCCAGUCCCCAAAAACAAAUAAUAACGAAAACAAAAAAUCACAAGAACACUCGUUCAAUUCCUUCACCCGCCACCUCCGAAUCCCUGAGAGCCAUUAAUACCAGAAAGUCAGUCGACACUCCCACAGAGACAAACCUCACAGACAUGCGUUAAACCCAAAUUGGAACUACUGCCGCCACCAACAAACAAACACGGAAACGAUGUCGUUUUUUACCGAGAAAACGUUGAAGAAGAAGAAGAGACCACCAAGGUGGUCACACCUGUGGCUCAAAAACACAAAACCAUUGAAGCAUGCUUUAUUCGCUAUGCAGCUCCAGUCUGUCUCUAGCCCGCCAACGCCAACGCCAACACCCACACUCACACCACAACAGCAGCAACAAGCAGACCCCAACACCAAACUCAGAGACAAAACAGGAACCCUCAUCUCCAAUCUCCCCGAUAUUGACCGUACACUUCUCUUAGGUGAUGAUCUCCUCUUAAAAAUCCUCUCUAAAUUGCCUGAUUCUCAAAGAAACCCUAAUUCACUUGUUUGUAAACGGUGGCUUAAUCUCCAAGGCCGUCUUGUUAGGUCUUUAAAGGUUUUAGAUUGGGAGUUUCUUGAGUCUGGCCGUUUACUUUCAAGAUUCCCAAAUUUGACCCAUGUGGAUUUGCUUAAUGGAUGUGUUGUUAGACCCCAUGAUUGCUGUGUCCGGUUGAGUCAUAGGGUUUUUCAGAUGGAUAUAAAUUCUGGGGUUUCUGGGUUCUUACCGGAUUGGCGUGUUUGCGAAGAGAAUUUGUCGCCUGUUGAGGUUGUUGAUAGAGGGCUUAGAGUUCUGGCUUCAGGUUGUCCGAAUUUGAGAAAGCUUGUAGUGGUUGGUGCCAGUGAGAUAGGGUUGUUAAGUUUUGCUGAAGAUUGUUUGACAUUGCAAGAAUUGGAGUUACAUAAGUGUAAUGAUGAUGCCUUGCGCGGGAUUGCUGCUUGUAUGAAUUUGCAAAUUCUGAAACUUGUUGGAAAUGUGGAUGGAUUUUAUGGUUCUUUGGUUUCGGAUAUUGGGUUAACGAUUUUGGCUCAAGGCUGUAAGAGGUUAGUGAAGCUUGAGUUGAGUGGGUGUGAGGGUAGUUUUGAUGGGAUUAAGGCCAUUGGACAAUGUUGUCAGAUGCUUGAGGAACUCACUAUUUGCGAUCAUAGGAUGGAUUGUGGGUGGUUGGCUGGGCUUUCAUACUGUGAGAAUUUGAAGACUUUGAGGUUUUUGUCGUGUAAGAGAAUUGAUCCCAGCCCAGGGCCGGAUGAGUAUUUGGGUUGUUGUCCAGCUCUUGAGAGGUUGCAUUUGCGGAAGUGUCAAUUGAGAGAUAAAAAGAGCCUUAAAGCCUUGUUUAAGGUGUGCGAAGCUGUGAGGGAGAUUGUUGUUCAGGACUGUUGGGGAUUGGAUAAUGAUAUGUUUAGCAUGGCAAGUAUUUGCAGGAAGGUAAAGUUUUUAUCUCUGGAAGGAUGCUCCUUGUUGACAACAGAAGGCUUGGAAUCAGUACUUCUUACCUGGAAUGAACUUCAACAUUUUAGAAUAGAGUCAUGCAAGAACAUAAAGGAUGGUGAAGUCUCUCCAGCUCUUUCAACCUUUUUCUCUGUUCUUAAGGAGUUGAGAUGGAGGCCAGAUACCAGAUCUCUUCUUGCAUCAAGUCUUAUGGGGACUGGCAUGGGAAAGAAAGGAGGCAAAUUUUUCAAGAAGAAUCCACGCCUCGAUCAUUAUACGCAGAUGAUUCACACAGCUACUUUUUGAGGGUUCCUGAUUUUGUUUUGAAAUGCUGUAUAAUCUUGUAAUCAUCUAUGUUCAUGUAGCCGGUGAACAUGAUGUUGAGAGAGGUUAUAUUAUGCUUCCGUCGUUGCAUGGAAAGGGAUCAGGUGUUCUAUCAAACGAAAUACCAACUAUUCAUUCUGUAAUUAGACCUGGAUAACUGGUCUUCAGAAUGUUGAAUACACAAUGCACAGCUUAUUUCCCGGUUCA